AUGAGUCUACACUUUAGGGCGACAGGUUUUUCCCGUCGUCCGUUGACAUUCUUUCGGAUACGACGCUCGAUUUACCACCAACCAUCUGGAUUAAUACAAAUACAACGUGUGAGACUAAGGCAACUCUGGUUUCGACGAGCAUUAUGGACGAUCGCAGCUUACGGCAUAGCAACAUUCGUUUGGUCAGAGGUCGCCCUAAGACCCUUUGAUAAGGUAGACUAUGAUGCUUUAGAAGAAGAGUUCAGGAGGGAGAAAGAAACAAAGAAGGCACAGAAAGCGGUUAAAUCAUCAGGCACCGACAAGGAAGAGGAUGGUACCGAGGAAGAUGACGAUGAUCCGUUGUUCAUUCCACUUGGACUGCCCCGCCUCGUAGAAGGGGAGUUCUACUCCGGACUUGACCCUGAAUGGCAAACGUUUAUCAAAAUUUCUAAGGACAAGAAGUCAUUAGAAGCACUUAAAGGGCAACUUGCAAUUGAGGUAUCGGAAGCACUAGCCCGUGAUUUUCGUAUUGUCUCGCGAGUGGGAGCACCUCUCAAAGUGAGAUGUAGCUGGUUAAACCAUGAGUUUCCAUACAGAGCACCGCCGACAUAUGUGCGAUCCGGGUUUGAAUGGUCCGAGAACGGGGUAAAAUGGACGUCCCAUUCCCUACCAGUAGAACAAGGGGACCGGAUAUGGAAUGUCCUUGAACCAUUCCGGGUCACGAUGGCAGCCGCACGCGCAGUCCAUUUCUACUUUCUAAUAAAACGUACUAGAGUCGAAAACUAUCUAAAAAGGCUACGUUCCGAGAAGAGCGGCCAAUCUGAGGAUCAAGGUCAGAAAGAAGAAAAAGUCAGAGUUCCUUACCCAUUAACCAUGCCUCUCAUAUCCAAGGUGCCUGGAGACAUCGGGAACGCCUCGGCAUAUAACUUUCCCACUGCCGAAAGCAAAGCAGAUGCUAAGCGCAGUCCUUUCCAACCACUUAUCAUACAUGAUGAGACUUCAAAGGGCGAAUAUAGACGGAAGGAUAGCAAUACUGAUUUCCGAGCUGCGGCCGGGUUAUUCUUAUUCCUACUUGGGCGAUCACCAGGCCGGUAUGAGACACCACCUCCUGGCGUCUUCAUCAUCGAAGGCAUGAUUUCGUUGAAUGGGCCCAGGGGACAGUGCAAUGUCUACACAAAGGCAUUUUUUGACCCAAAGAAGAGCCACUUCAACACGGUUGUAAAUGUGAGGUCCGUCUUACCAUUUGUACAGAAACCGCGCCGAAAAAAUUGA